AUGCCACAGUCGAUCGACCGCAAAGACGGCCACACUGGCAUCAGACUUGGCGUAGGCUCCAUUCUCAGCCUGGGCGACGUCCGAAUCGAAAAUGGCUUGAACGGAAUCUGGCACGACGGUCACCAGAGUGCUCUUUUUAAAAAUAUCAGCUUCUACCGCAACACGGUCGGUUUGCGCGUCUCCAACGGCAGCGCUGUCACCCUGCUUGCUCCCACUUUUGAAAACGUCGACGUCUGUGUCAACCACACCAGUGGCAGCGUCUUUGUUGGCAUCGUCGACGGCACGUCCAUCAACUCUGGCAUCACAUUCCUCUCGGGGAAAACAAACAACGACAUGACCCGGCCUUCCCUUCUCAUCGACAACCUGGACAAAAGACGCGACCCGGAAUACGAGCCCGAAAACACGGUACAGGUCAAGGGUCGUACUGUCCUUGGUCCUGUUGCCCAUGUCAACAGCUUCUCCUAUGGAAACACGGUAGGUCGCAACCACAUCUACGGCGUGACAACUAACAACAGCAUCACACGGUCACGAAUAGCUGCUCCCGGCGGCAGAAUCCCCAUACACCCGCCUCCGAAUUACGCACUCAGCGCUUGGUCGGAUUUUAUAAACGUCAAAGACUCGAAGCAGAAUGGUGGGCAUACCGUCCGGGGAGAUGGCAUGACGGAUGACGUUCAGGCCCUUACCAAGGUCCUCCAGCACGCCGUCAAAGAGCACAAGAUGGUAUACUUUCCCUUUGGCGACUACCGUGUUUCUUCGACGCUCGUCAUACCAAUUGGAUCCCGUAUACACGGCGAGGCGUGGCCGUCCAUCUCCGGGGCAGGCCCGCGUUUCUUGAAUGCAGAAAACCCCAAGCCCGUCGUGCAAGUCGGCAACGUCGGCGACGUGGGCACGAUCCAUAUCCAGGACAUGCGCUUCACCGUUGCCGACGUCUCCCCAGGCGCCAUCGUCCUUCAGUUCCACGCGCACGGCAAGAAGCCAGGCGACGUCGCGAUAUGGAACUCCAUCGUCAACGUCGGGGGACUCCGGGGCGCCCCGGACAUGGUGCGGCGCUGCGCCGACGACUCCCACCCGUGCCAGGCCGCCUACCUGGGCAUGCACUUCGCCAGAGGAUCCUCCGUCUACGCCGAAAACGUGUGGAACUGGGUAUCCAGCCGCAACGCCGAGGACUUCUUCGCCGGCGUCGACGUUGCCGCAAAGGGCGGCGUCCUGGUCGAGUCCACCAACGGCACCUGGCUGCACGGCCUGGGCUCCGAGCACUGGUGGCAGUAUCAGAUCAAUCUCCGAUCGGCCUCCAACGUCGUCCUGUCCAUGCCCAGGACCGAGGCUAAUCCCGGGCAGGGCGGCACGGCGAGGCCGAUGCUUCCUUGGCCGGGGACAUCCGAUCCCGGGGGAUGGGGAGACCCCGAUUACUCGCGGUGCCGUGUCUCCGACCCGGCUUGCCGCACGGGUGUGGGCAACUACAUCAACGGAGGGUCGGAUAUUUACUACUACGGUGCUGCGUCGUGGGUGUCCCGGGCUGGGGCUGAACAUCCGCGCUGCUACGCGGGCUACCACUGCCAAGAACACAUGCACUAUAUUGCCAAAACGCCCGAGAAUCUUCAGGCGUACGGCUUGUGCUCCAACGAUACUAUGUAUGCUCUUCGCCUUGGUGACGGUACUCGCGUUGUAGAGCACGGCACAUUUUAUGGACCUGGUUGGCCUAAGGGCUCUGUUGUCGGCCGUUAUACAACGUAA